AUGCCAGGGCUUAUUAACCAGACCACCCUCUCCUCGGUCCCCCUCACUGCCUCAGAGGUGACGUCUUGCAUCCGUGGCUAUGCCUUUGGGAUGACAGCCUUGCUCACCUACUGCAACCCAGAAGCCAAGCUUUUGAAGGCAAGUCUCUUCAUCUACCCCUUGGAUGAGGGCACCACUGUCGUGGGGUUCGAGGCGGCCAUGUCCCGACGUGCUAUCACGGUGCAGAUCAAAGACAAAGCCAAGAUGGAUGAUGAGCAUUUCCCACAGUUGUGACACCACAUCUCUCUGGUGUGGUCAUCUCUCCAUACAGGAAGGAUCAUGAUGGAUGAGGACUUGGAGAGGACUGUUUUUGUGGCUAACCUGGGCAUGAUUCCUCCUCUGGAAAGCAUCUCAAUCUUCAUAAGCACCUCUUCUGAGCUGCAGACACUGCCAAGUGGGGCUAUGAGGGUCAUUCUGCCAGCUGUGUGUGUCCCCAGGAUCCUCCAGCCCAGCCUGGAGAACACCAGCAGUUUUUCCAGCCACCAGCUCCCAAUCAACAAACACCACUGGGGAUCAGGGAGCCCAGAGAAAGGGAGCAGAUUCUGCCUGGCUCAGCUGCUGGAGAACGAGGCUACCAACCCCUUUGAGUACGAGUUCAGCUUCCACCUGGAGAUCCGUGGACCCUGUCUGCUGGCAGGAGUUGAGAGCCCCACACAUGAGCUCCGAGCAGAUGCUGACCCCUCUGCUCACUCUGCCAAGAGCAUCAUCAUCACCCUGGCCAACAAACACACCUUUGACAGGCCCGUGGAGAUCUUGAUCCACCCAAGUGAACCCCACAUGCCUCACAUCUUAAUGGAAGAAGGUGACAUGACCCCUGCAGAGUAUGAGCACCACCUGAAGGGAAAGAGUGACUUCAUUAAAGCCACUAAGAAGGACCCCAGCACUGAGAAAAAGACAGAAAUCAUCUGGAAGCGGCUGAACAAGGACAUCCCCCACCACCCUGUCAUCAUGCUUAACUUCUGCCCUGACUUGAUGACCUUCCAGCCAGACCUCCAGAAAGCCCAAGGAGAAUUUAUCUUCCUGGUAGACCGCAGCAGGAGCAUGAGUGGCAUGAACAUCAACCGUGUCAAGGAUGCUCUGUUGGUCAUCCUUAAGAGCCUGAUGCCAGCGUGUCUCUUCAACAUCGUUGGGUUUGGCUCUACCUUCAAGACCCUCUUUCCUUCCAGCCAGGCUUACUGUGAGGAGAGCUUGGCCAUCGCUUGCGAGAGCAUCAAGAAGAUCCGAGCUGACAUGGGUGGCACCAACGUCUUGUCACCAUUGAGGUGGGUUGUUCGACAGCCCAUCCACAGGGGCCACCCCCGCUUGCUCUUUCUGCUGAUGAACGGGGCCAUCAGCAACACGGGGAAGGUCCUGGAGCUGCUGCAGAACCACUCCUGCUCCACCAGGUGCUACAGCUUUGGCAUUGGGCCCAAUGCCUGCAGGAGACUGGUUGGGGGGCUGGCUGGUGUCUCCAGGGGCAUCGCUGAGUUCCUGGUGGAAGGCGAGAGAUUGCAGCCCAAGAUGAUCAAAUCUCUGAAGAAAGCAAUGGCACCAGUCCUGAGUGAUGUGUCUGUGGAGUGGAUCUUCCCUGAGAGCACUGAGGUCUUGGUUUCUCCCAUCAGCACCAGUUGCCUCUUCCCUGGUGACCACCUUGUCAGCUACAGCAUCAUCUGUGACACCUCCCCAUACAUCUCCAAUCCCCAGUCUGACAAGAGGCGACAUUACAGCAUGAUGAGGUCCCAGGAGUCGGGCAGCUCUGUUUUCUUUCACUCCCAGGAGGAGGGAGCAGACGGGGAGAGCUGGAACCACUCCAGAGAUGGGGAAAGCUACUGUCCUGCUGAGCAUGGCCCCCAUCACCUGGUGGUUGGCAGAGAACCUGGGGGAGAAUCAGACACAGACACUCGAAUGGAGGUGAAGGCUUUCUCCAGGAGAAGGGCUUACAGCACAACCCAAAUCAUUGACCACAAGCCUUUCAAGAAGGUGCCCACAGCCAGCGAUCCUGGCACUGACCUGGUGAAAAAUCCCCUCCGGAAAACCCAGCCACAGGACCUGCAGCAGCUCAGCCCUGAGCCCUGGCAGGUGGAUAUCCAGCCCUUGCCAGCCACCUCACUUGGCUCUGCCACCAAGAUCCAUGGUGCUAGUGCCUGGAGGCCAUCCCUGCUCCACCACAGCUGUGUGUCCUUCUGCCACCACACCAAGUCCCCCGUGGCACCUCCAAGAAGGGUCUUGGGACCACUGGAUGCUAGCACUGGCCUGAGGUCUUCAUCGGACAGCGGAAGCCCCAGGGAGCUGGACUCUGCCCAGCAUCCUCCCUUCACAUUUGAAACAGAGACCUCCUCUGACUGGGAACCCCAGGACUUAGACUUCAGUGCUUCCCAUGGCUCCUCCUGUUCUCCCAGGACCUUCUGCAAGGUGAUGGUGAAAGGGCUGAGGAACAACGAACCUGUGCAGUGGGAGGUCACCUUUGAUAUCCACCCACUUUUCCAAGAGCAAGAGAGCCAGGCAGAUGGUGACACAGACCUGUGGAAUGAGACCUUCCACCACCUGGCAGCCAAGUCAGUCAUCCGGGACUUUGAGCAGCUCGCUGAGAAGGAGUGUGACAUCGAGCAUGGGUCUGGGCGCAGGUACCAGAUCAACACUGUCCACACCAGCAAGGCCUGCAACAUCAUCAGCAAGUACACAAUGUUCAUGCCAGUGGACCUGAGCACCAACACCUACCUGCCUACUGUUGUUGAGUACACCCACACAGGGCCAUUACAGAAGCUGCCUACUGCCUCUGCAGAAGUACCAGAAUCCAUUGAGAGCCUCUGUGCUGCCAGGCUGACCUUCAAUAAAACCAGGCUGCUGACUCAAGCUGCCAAAAGGUUCAUGAGUAAAUAUCCAAGCAGAGUGGGUGAAGCCAGCUCUGAGGGCGAGAAUGAGAAGAUGGACUACCUUCCCCUGGCAUCUCUACAGCUGGCCUGUGGUGCCUUCCUCAUGAACUCAGCCUUCUCUGCUGCUGUCAACAUCCCCAUGGAGAAGCUGAAGUGGACCUCUCCCUUCGCCUGCCACCGCUUGGCCCUCAGCCCCUCCAGCUCCUACAGCACCAAGAGGACCAACCCCUCCGUGGAGAAAGAAAGCCUCAGCUCCAGACUGCAGUUCCUGGUUCCUGAUGACCACAGGAAGAGUCCCACCACCAGAGACAUCCCCCUAGGAGCAGUGCCAGAGGGAGCUGGCAGCCAUCCUGAGGACACUGCCCACCUUCGCCACUUCUCAGGCAGCACGGUGGAAAGCAUCUCCAAAGCCCUGAAAGAUGAGAAGGAACUGUCCCCACCAACCAUUGCCAUCCGCCCAGAGAGCACCUUGGCCUCAACCCACCAGCAAACCAACUGUGGUGAGGGCUUGGAGAUGGAUGGGUCUGAAGUCCAAGAGUUGCUCUUUGACAUUGAGCUGCAGCAGCAGACAGAACCAGAGGGGAUGCUCUGGGCCAAGGCAGUGGCCCUGGCCUGGCUGGAGCAUAGCUCAGCUUCUUAUUUCAUCGAGUGGGAGCUGGUGGCAGCCAAGGCCAACCUGUGGCUGAGCCAACAGGACUUCCCCGAGGGAUACAGCUUGGCCACUGUGAAAGCUGCAGCCCAGCAGCUCUUUGACCUGCUCCGGCACUGGGAUGAGAACCUGGAGUUCAACCUGCUGUGCUACAACCCCAACAGCGUUUGA